AUGUCCAGCAAGCUUGACAGGGCAAGGCAGAAGUUCGUCCUGCGCGAGGAGACAAAGAUCACAUUCGGUGGUCCUUCCCAACAACAUUGGUGGGAUGCAGAGGCGGACGAAGUUGACUUCGGCAAAGAGCAGGUCGGCGACGAAAUGAGGUGGGAUCAAUGGGCGGGCAUCGUUGAACGCGGCCGUCCUCAGUCUUUGAUCCUAUUCAAGACGCCGCCAAAGCUGACUAAGCCUCGCGCCGCAGGCCCAGGCCCCAUCACGGGGAAGGAUUGGGCGCCGAUGGCCAAGAAACACUUGCAAGGGCGCAAGACCCUGCUUCGCACGGGCGGCGCCAGGGCUUGCGAACUCGGAAUGAACCGAGAGGAGAAGCUCGACGGCGUGGUGCACGACUACGGCGUGCACGGGCUGAAGAAACAGGGGUCUGGCAACAAAUUCGAGGCGGCGCACGGGGGCACGCAGAUCGUCGACCGCUGCUGGAGGUGUUUGCGGAAACACAUCGGGGCUCGCUCUUUCUCCGCUGCAGGCGCCCCGAAGUACAGCGCCCGAGUUCGCGCUGCGCAGUGGCGCCACUGGCGCGUCGGAUCUGACCAUUGGGGGGAAACAGGCGGCAUGUUCCGGGCAUUGCUGUGA